UCGUCUCAUGAAAUAGAUUAUUAGUUGAAGUUUCAAAGUGAUAAAACAAAGACAAAUAGAAAAGAUGAAAAUUAACAUUAUUUUUGGAUUGAUUUUUACAAUGUUUUUAAUAAAUAAUGUUCAUGGGAAAGUUAGUAUGGAAGGAUUGAGAAAAAUGGUAAAAUCCUUUAAAGCACCUUGCAUUGAGCAAUCAGGAGUUUCUCCAGAUUUAAUUGUCGAAGCACAUAUUGGUGGAAAUUUCGUAGAUGAUCCACAAUUCAAGUGUUAUUUAAUGUGUCUUUUCAAAAAAUUUAAAACAAUUAAAGAUGGAAAACUUUCAACAUCUACUAUGAAAUCACAAAUUCAAUCUUUAGUCGAAGAAAAUACUGCUAGUCGAAUAAUUCAAUUGUUGGAAGCUUGUGAUCAUUUAACCGUUCAUGAAGACCUUUGUGAAGCUUCAUUUGCAUAUUGCAAAUGCUAUUAUGAGAUUGACAGUAGUUUUUAUAUUUUCCCAUAAAGAUAAAUGAACAACGAUGAGAACACAUAUAUGGCGGGGAAAUGCUGCUUAUGAACGAGUUGGAGUGGUAGGGAUUUGAGAACCAAUGGCUCGUCGAGAUUCUUUAAUUAGAUUUUCCACUCCUAAUUUUAUUUUCUCCUGCUGUUUAUUAAUUACCAAUGAAUUUUUUAUAAUCCUAUUAUAUAUUAUAUUUAUAA